GCGAGAUUGUGGUGAUAACGACGUGAACCUAAAAGCGAUCUCUCUCUAGAAUUAGUCGCCUCUUGCAACCGGCGGGAUAUCGCCACCAUAGAUAGCCAUGGACAAACUUUUUCUCACCGACACCUUCAGAAACCUUCUCCGGUUUGGCAAAAUCCAGACGGACAACAACAUCUUCCGCCUCCAUUACCGAUUCACUGGCGUGUUCCUGUUCGCCUCCAGCGUCCUGGUGAGUGCCACGCAGUUCUUCGGCAAUCCGAUCUACUGCAUCACGCACGAUGCCGUUCCGGAGUACGUUAUGAACACGUACUGCUGGGUGGAAGGCACCAUCACGCUCUCAAGAUCACUGAACGCGACCGUCGGCUCGCAAGUAGCGGCUCCCGGAGUGGACCAGAUGAGGAUCAGAGACACGGACCACGUCAUCGAGCACGCCUACUACCAGUGGGUCUGCUUCGUCCUCUUUCUGCAAGCGAUCAUGUUCUACUUUCCUCGCUGGCUGUGGAGGUCGUGGGAGAACGGAAGGAUACGAUCCUUGCUGCUGGAGCUGAACAAGCCCAUCCUCGAGGAUGACAAGAAAAACGCGCAAGUCAAUGCCGUCGUUCGGUACUUCCUCAGGCACAAGAGCCAGCACCAGAGCUAUGCCAUCAGGUUCUUUAUUUGCGAAGUGCUCAACUUUGUCAACGUCAUCGGACAGAUGUAUUUUCUCGACAAGUUCCUGGGUGGCAUGUUUACGACCUACGGUACACAGGUCAUCCAGUUCAUGAACGACGAUCCCGAAGUUCGUGUCGAUCCUAUGACCAAGAUUUUCCCAAAGAUAACCAAGUGCCGCUUCCACCGCUAUGGUACCUCCGGGGACGUUCAAAAGCAUGACUCCAUCUGCCUUUUACCGUUAAACAUAAUCAACGAGAAGAUUUACAUAUUUCUGUGGUUCUGGAUGAUCUUCCUAGCCGUCGUCACGGGUCUGACACUUCUGUACCGUAUUCUUGUGUGCGGUUUUCCGAGGUACAGGUACAUGCUGUUAAGAACCUUGAGCAAAAUGGUAGACCCAAAGUACAUGGACCAGAUCGUAAGGAAGGCCAGCUACGGAGAUUGGUUUGUACUCUACCUUCUCAAAGACAACAUACAGGGCAUUUAUUUCAAGGAGAUAGUCGAGACGUUGUCUACGCGACUAAAAGAAUAUCCUGAGCCGGAUCACAUGGACAGUGCUCUUGAAACAAAAGCAUGAAUACUUUGCUUCGCAUGAAAAAAAAAAAUACCAAGAAUAUAAAAUACAUUUAUUAUCAAGCUACGGUUAUCAUUUAUAUUUCUUGAAUCGAUCAAGAGUGUACCGUCGCGGUCAAUGUGAGCUGCAAUGCAACAGUUCUACAUGCUUGGCGUGCCUGACAGUUUUAGAAGAAGCAUUGCUCCAGACAGAAGAGUUUAGGUGGCAUUGUUUGAUGUAUUUGACAAUUCGAAAGAUUCCUGAGCUUGAAGAGACCGCCGCAGGUUUAGCCAAAAACCGGAUCGAGUACGAGUUGCUGUUCAUAAUAUACGUUGACCGCAAUAUUUUUUGCACAAUAGUGGCUUAAUUUUUUUUUUUCGGUUUUGGAUCGUGGUAGCUUGGAGAAUAGGAACCAAAUAAAAUGGCUUUCAAUAAAUAAGCUGAUUUUAGCUGUAAUAGUUUUAUUGAUAUUAUUUCCGCACCCAAUUCUUGUUUUUUUUUUCUCUCAUAUCAUCUUUAUUUUUUGUCGAUCAGCUAGCUCGCAGUUCGCAUUUUUUUUUCAUGCUUAAAUUUUGGCACCAUCAUGUUUUUAUUUAGUUUUACCUCAAGCUGAUUUGCAUAUCCUUAUACUAUGGUUGUACACGUCUCCAGUUUAAUGGAGGCAGUUUUUAUUUGAAUCAAUAAAUAUGUAAAGUUAUAAUACUGUAA